AUGCGCUCUCUAGUGCUUGAAAAUACCCUCAGGGCCACCAGGAGGCUAGGUGUAAUCUCAAUGCUAGAAAGCUGGCGCGAUGAAACUUUCCCGGUCUAUGGCCCUGAAGGAGAGGUUCUUCUUGAGAUAGAGCGUUGUGCGAGUGCCUUGUUUGGGAUUGUGACUUACGGUGUCCAACUUCUUUCUUUCGUGAGGGACAAAGGAGGCCUCAAAUUAUGGAUUGGCACGAGAGCAGAAGGAAAACAAACUUAUCCUAGUAUGCUCGAUAGCACUGCAGCUGGUGGUCUCGGUGCAGGGAAGCUACCCAUUGAGGCUCUUAUAUGCGAAGCACGAGAAGAAGCAUCCAUACCAGAAGAGGUAGUGAGGAUGAAAGUCAAGCCAAUGAGCCACCUCACUUAUUUCCAUAUCCGUGGGAACAAGGCUGGAGGAGAGACCGGCCUAUUUCAGCCAGAGGUCGAGUAUACAUAUGAGCUCGAAUUAGAGCCAGGCAUGAUCCCAAAGCCAAAGGACUCUGAGGUAGAGUGUUUCAGCCUAUACAACAUUGACGAAGUACUCUUUGCUUUGAAAGAAGGACAGUUCAAGCCCAACAGUGCUAUUGUUAUUGUUGAAUUCCUCAUUCGACAUGGGAUCUUGAAUGCUGAGAAUGAGCCUGGCUACUCUGUGAUAUUAUCCCAUCUACACCGCAAGCUUGAAUUCCCUCUUCUAAUCCAGCCAUCGAAUUGA